AACAAGUUGCGGUGGCAAAGCGUAAUGCAACAGAUAACAAGUUAACUACGAACGUUUCAACGUUUUAGUUUUUGAUUGACAUUAUAAGACAUUUAUCGAUAUGGAUGAUGAACAGGAAACAUACAAACUUUGGCGCAUAAGAAAAACAAUUAUGCAGCUCUGUCACGACCGAGGUUACUUAGUAACACAAGAUGAAUUGGACCAGACACUUGAUGAAUUCAAAGUACAGUUUGGAGAUAAGCCCAGUGAGCGGAAGCCACUUCGAUCUGACUUAAUUGUCCUGGUCGCCCAUAAUGACGAUCCUACUGAUCAGAUGUUUGUGUUUUUCCCAGAAGAACCUAAAGUGGGCAUCAAGACAAUCAAAAACUAUUGCACUCGUAUGCAGGAAGAAAAUAUCACACGAGCAAUCAUUAUAGUACAGACUGGAAUGACCCCAUCAGCCAAACAAUCGCUGGUUGAGAUGGCUCCUAAGUAUAUUUUGGAGCAAUUUCUUGAAGCAGAAUUGCUGAUCAACAUUACAGAACACAUGCUUGUUCCAGAGCAUGUUGUGAUGACACCUGAAGAGAAAAUAGAAUUGUUAGAAAGAUAUAAAUUGAAAGAAUCACAGCUUCCCAGAAUACAACAGGGGGAUCCAGUGGCACGUUACUUCGGCCUGAAGCGAGGACAGGCUGUAAAGAUUGUCCGACCUAGUGAAACAGCUGGUCGCUACGUUAGCUACAGAUUGGUGGUUUGAUGUUGCCUCAACAGUGUCACCUUCAGACGGAUGUUUCAUAUUUCAUUAUUGGAAAACUUUCACAUCAUUAUAGGAUGCAACUCAAAGACUUGGCUGCCCAACUGAGAUAUGUGGGACCUAGGAUCGAUCCUCCAUUGGUGUACUCAUUGGGUUAUUUCCAUUUGAACCAGUUCUUCUGACUCGGUGGGAUAGUGCAUAUAAAAGACAGGGGUGUAGCUGCUAUAUAUUCAAGUAUUCACCUACUUGGAAAUGGACUUUGAAAAACAAAACAAAACAAAUCAACAAAUCACAGAAAAACCUGCAAGACAAAAACACUGAGUUAGAUUUAUGUACUAAAGUCAGGAUUCAAAUUUGAUGACAGCACUAAAGCAAUUGAUGUCAUGCCCCCCUCCCUUUGUCAUUGCUUUAAAAGCCCUCCAAGCAUAUUCACAGUUUUGCCGUACAUUGCUUGUACAUCAUAAACCAGCUGUGCCCCUGAAAGAUACCUUGUUAUUCAUAUGUCAUAAACCUAUGUGACUGAAGCCAAUGACUUUUUUAGACCAAAUGUUGCCAAUACCAUAUGUUUAGCUUGUAACAGCUACUGAUUACACAAUGAACAGAAGUGUUAUUACACAGAUAGACAUUUCAUACUUUUUCGUGUUAUUUAGCAUGAGUCUAUUCACCAUUUAUUCAUUGUAAGUUGCUUCUUUUUUAUCUUCAGGGGGAAAGCCUCUGAACUUUAAUACCAGCUGUUAAUUUGUUGGCCAUAUCAAAUGACAUUGUUAUAUCAUUAUACCAUAUCUUGAUUGUAUUGCAACAUCUAGUGUAGCAUAUUUAGCAGUUGUCAAAAGUAUCAUGGAAGGCCAGUCUAGGUGUGGGUGGGGACUGCUAUUUGCAGAUGAUUGAUUAUCCUUUGUUUAAAUGUUAAUAGCAGUGUACUAUUAAUUAAUAUCUUGACAGCAAAAACAUAUAUCUAAUAUUUAACAUACAAUAUAUCAAGUUGCAAAAGUAAAUACAAGAAAUAGAAAUGUGAAACAUACACAAAACUUCAAAAAGGGUAAAAGAAUAUGAGCAAUAAAAAUUACUAACUACCAUGGUGGUUAAAAAUGGUAACAACUGCUGGUAUCUAAAAACAUAACAAGACUGUAAGUAAGUUGCUUUAUUUGACUUCGGUAUAUUGUUAUCAAAAUAUUUUUGUAAUCUUCAUAAUCAUGUUUUGUGUUGUUUGCUUAUAAAGAGAACAAGUAUUCAAAGAGUACUGCUAAAGCAAUACAUGUCCCCUACUGGGCUCCAAAUCUUUUCAUAUUUCCUAAGUUGAAGGUCAACUCUAUAACUAAAACAAAACCCAGGUAAAUCACCAUGAAAGUAAAACUUAAUCUGUAACCAUACAUGAUAAAGCAAUACACAAGAUUUCAUCUCAAUAUCUAGACAUUGGAAAAAAGUGUUCGGAAAACAAAAAUUCAAAUCUCCUAAGUUUGAGGGCCAUAAUUCUAUGAAAAAUUGGUAAAUUGCUAUUAAAGUCAAACUUAAUUUGUAACAAGAUGAUAAAGUACUAUAACUUGUUAAAAAUGGGGCGGGACAUAACCCAGUGGUAAAGUGUCUGCCUGAUGUAUGGUCAGUCUAUGAUCGAUCCUCGUCAGAGAGCCAUAGUAUAUGCUAUCCUGUCUGUGGGAUUGUAUAUAUCAAAUAUCCUUUGCUAUUAUUGAAAAAAAUGUAGCAGGUUUCCUCUGAGACUAAUGUCAAAAUUAGUGCUCUAGUGGUGUUGUUAAACAAAACAAACUUUAAUGUUAAAAAUGGGUACAUCGUCAUAAAAGUCAACCAUGAUCUGUAACAGUACCGGUACAUGAUAAAGCGAUACACAAAAUUUCAGCUCAAUAUCACAAGGCAUUGUCAAAAAAAACAUCCAGAAAAUUAUAAGUGGGACAGACAGAUGGACAGGCAAAAGGACAGAGAUGAAAACCAUAGACCCUCCUGUUCGACCGGAAGGGGAUUACAAACAGGUUGAUGAUGUAGGUUGUCGACUAAAGUUAUCUUGUGAUGCUGAGAAUGAUGGCAUGCCGAUAUUAUUUUAUCCUGUAAUACAUAAAAAAUAAUGAAGAAAUCCUAUUUAUUCCUAAUUUGUCAUACACAGAUGGUGUAUACAUAUAGUCUACACAAGCAAGGCCUUUGCAGUAUGAUGGCAAGCAAGAUUCUUGGCGUUAAUCCUUUUAAGAAGUUAAAUUUCUCAAAAAUGGAUAUGUAUGUUUUCUUAGGGUACACCGACACCAAUCUGUAUUUCAUUAUAUACAAGUAACAGCCUUAGAUGUUGUGAUAAGAGAUAUCCUACCUGUAGUAGUUUCUGACUUUGAUUGGGUCAAGACAACUGGUUGCGGAAUCAAACUAAUAUACAGGGACUAGUUACACCCAUCAGAUAGUCCAUGAGUUGGCUGGCUUUACAGUACUUGGUUUUCUUACACCACCAACAGACACUGCUUCAGCUUCUUAUAACAUUAUCACUUCAUUUACACAUUUACCUUGGUUUGACACCCAAUAGUCCAUGUCGCUUUUGUGUCAGGGUGUUGUUAAACAUUUGUUCAUUCAUUCAUUCAUUCAUUCUCAAGAAGGAAAACAAAGAACACACCAGAUAUACCAAAAUGAACAUUCUAGGCAGGAGACUAUAAAUCUCAACUAGAAGUAUUGUGCAUUGUUGUAAGAGAAACAUGAAUCUUAUAUACAUGUAUUUAUUUGCUGAUGUUUUUAUGUUUUGUUUUUUAAUCAAGUGACAAAUUAGUACUCAUGCUGACAUUAUCUAAAAUUAUUUUUGUGGAAACAUGUGAUGUAAGUAUCAUGCGAUGCAAAUAAAACAUUUUUCUAUGA